AUGGUCGGAACUGGCACUUCUACCCAGGAUGCCGUCGCCUGCUCAGCCCAGAUUCGACGACCUCCCGCCCAGGCGUCACCGCCAGGUCCCCACAUGAACCCCUGGCCUGGGUCAAACUGGACGGCUCCGCAGGAGUUCGUGAUCCUGGGCUUCUCCGGGUGGCCCAAGGAGCUGCAGCUGCUGCUCUUCGCCCUCCUCCUGCCACUCUACCUGGCCACGCUGGCCGGAAACCUGCUCAUCCUGGGUCUGGCCAUCAGGGACCCCGCCCUGCACACUCCCAUGUACUUCUUUCUGGGGGCGCUGUCGGCCGUGGAGGUGGCCUACACGCUGGUGCUGACGCCACGCAUGCUCGCCGGCUUCCUGCUGCCCCUGGGGGGCCAGGCGGUGGCCCGCUCUGCCUGCGCUGCCCAGAUGGGACUCUUUGUGGCGCUGGGAGGCUCCGAGUGCCUGCUGCUGGCCGCCAUGGCACUGGACCGCUUCCUGGCCAUCUGCCGCCCUCUCGACUACCCCUGGCUCAUGACUGCGGGGCUCUGCUGGGGUCUCCUCGCCUCCUGCUGUGUGGGGGGCUCUCUCCUGGCCUUGGGUCUCACCGCGACCAUCUUCCAGCUGCCCUUCUGCCGGGGGUGCUUAGUCAACCACGUCUUCUGUGACCUCCCAGCCGUGCUGGUGCUGGCCUGCGGGGACCGCGACCUGCAGGAGUGGGUCCUGCUGGCCGCCUGCCUGCUGCUGCUGGUGCUGCCGCUGGUGCUGAUCCUGCUGUCCUACACCAGAGUGCUGGUGGCCAUCCUGGGGGUUGGGGGUGCCGCAGGCCGCCGCAAGGCCUUCAACACAGUGGCGUCGCAUCUCACCGUGGCCGUGCUCCACUACGGCUGUGCCACAGCCAUGUACGCCAGACCUCUGAGCAGCCGCUCCCUCGAGGAGGACAAGCUGGUGUCGCUCAUCUACAUCAACCUCACACCGCUGCUCUACCCCGCCAUCUACACGCUGCGGAACCGGGACGUGCAGGGCGCCCUGCGGCGGGCGGUCGGUGGCAGGACGUCAGGGAACAUCCUCCAGACUGAUGUCAGCUGA